AUGAGGAUUUCGGUGAUUUUAUUUUUGGCGAUGAUUUUGGGAAUUGGUGAGUUUUUUGGGAAAAUUUAAAAAUGUUAUCACGAGUUUUUUCAAUGAUAUAUUUUUCGAAAAUGAUUGAAAAUAAGUUUUUCUCUAAAAUUGAAAUAGUUUUAAAAUCUGAAUUAAAUUUUUGAAAUAUGAGAAAGUUUAUGUUUCAAAAAAAUUAGGAAAACUUUUUUGGAGGUUCGGAAAAAAUCCAUAUUUUUAAGAUAAAUAUUCUUGAACCGAAAAUAAUAGUUCCACAGUAACCAAUAGAAAAUUAGAAGUGAAUGUUUGAAAUUUAGAGAGAGAAGAAAAACUGCAUUCUGAAAAACAUUUGACAAAAUUUGUCCACAAAAGUUCUAUAUUUGAAUUACCCCGGAAUUUUUUAAAGGGAACCUUCUCAAAACAAUUUUUCACUACUUAUUCCAGCCCAAUCCGCUUCACUUUUCAAUUCAAAUUCCGGCGAUGUUCAUGUUAGUGGAAGUUUUCGAGUAGCUGGAGAGAAUGAGGAAAUUUCGAGUAACUCGCAAGAUUUUCAAGAAGUUGAACGUACGUUUUUUCUCCAAUUUUUUAAAAAUCGAAAACAUCUUUCUCCAGAUCCAUUUUUCCAAUUGGAGGCAAUGAAAAUAGCUCGAGCAUAUUUGGACAAACAAUACGCCAAGGAACGAGCCAAGAAUAAUUGA